UUCACCCUCUUAAACAAACUUCCCCCUCUAGGGUUUUGCUGUCUUCACAGAAACGCCGAGAGAGAGAGAGAGAGCUUAAAGCAAAAUGAAGACCAUACUCUCAUCAGAAACAAUGGACAUCCCAGAUGGGGUAAACAUUAAAGUAAAAGCAAAGCAAAUAGAAGUAGAAGGACCAAGAGGAAAACUCACUAGAAACUUCAAGCAUUUAAAUCUUGAUUUUCAGCUCAUUAAAGAUGAAGAAACAGGCAAAAAAAAGCUCAAGAUUGAUGCUUGGUUUGGUUCACGUAAGACUACUGCUGCAAUCCGUACAGCACUUAGUCACGUUGAGAAUUUGAUCACUGGUGUCACUAAAGGGUACCGGUACAAGAUGCGUUUUGUGUAUGCUCAUUUUCCUAUCAAUGCGUCUAUUAGUGGAGGGAAUAAGGCCAUUGAGAUCAGGAAUUUCCUUGGCGAGAAGAGGGUGAGGAAAGUCGAUAUGCUUGAAGGGGUUACUGUUGUCCGCUCAGAAAAAGUUAAGGAUGAGUUGGUAUUGGACGGAAAUGACAUUGAACUUGUCUCACGAUCUGCUGCCCUCAUUAACCAAAAAUGCCAUGUGAAGAACAAAGAUAUCCGUAAGUUCCUUGAUGGUAUCUAUGUCAGCGAGAAGGGAAGAAUAGUUGAGGAAGAGUAAGUAGUUAGCAGUAUACCUACCGCUCUAGGUCUGUUUGUUUUCUUUAGAGAUAAAACAGUUUGUUCUUGGAAUUGGGAAGAUUGAUGUUUUUCUUGAAAGCACUUUGAUUAUAGUAAUUCUAAAUGUUGUGUUGUUUUCUGUUUUUC